AUGAGAACCCAUCCUGGUCUGAAGGCUACCCUGGCCAUUGCUGCCUUCUGCGCUCAAUGUGCUGCCCAGACUUACCAACGUCUGGGGGGCUGCCCGACGUUGGGCUGUAUCCUGCCCCCUGAUCAAGUGGACUUCCUGCCUGGCCAGUACUUUGACAUCCGUGUUGAAGUGCACGCGCCGCUGAACGGCAGUGAAGUCAUCCCAGGCUACACGACUCCCGACACGAACUUCACUCUGACCAUUGAGAAGGAGGGCCAGGCCGCAAAGCCAGCUGCAGCCUUCUUCAAUAUUCCUGAGCCGACACUCGAGACCUGGAACUUCACCUGGUACGAAGACUUGUUCGCCAAAGCAGCGCACACGCCGUCGCAAGUCAAGGUUGCCGCAAAGGCUUACAGGCGGGUUGCGCUCUAUGAACCCGGCCAGUACAUUGCCACAUUGAAAUAUCGAGAUAGCUCCACCACCUAUGCCAACUGGACAGUGCGAGACAUCACACCCGCCAGAAAGGCCAAGAAUGUGGUCAUGUUCAUUGGAGAUGGCAUGACGACCAAUAUGAUCACUGCGGGCCGACUGCUUGCUCACCAGUCCGUCAAUGGCAAGUAUCAAACCAAGCUGGCGAUGGACUCGUUCCCAGUGCUGGGCCACCAGAUGACGCAUUCUCUGGAUUCGUUCAUUACCGACAGCGCCAACUCUGCCACGGCUCUCUACAGCGGUCACAAGUCGACCGUCAACGCGCUGGGCGUCUAUGCUGACAGCUCCAAGACGCCAUUCGACGACCCCAAGAUCGAGACGAUUGCCGAGAUUUUCCACCGGCUCUACAACGGUGGCAUUGGCAUCGUCUCGACCGCCUUCAUUGCCGACGCCACUCCCGCGGCCUUGACCGCACAUACACGCGACAGGGGCCAAUACGGAGCGGUCAUCGACUCGUUCCUCAACGGCAUCACCAACUACACAUGGACCAACUGGACCGGCCCGGAUGUCCUCUUCGGCGGUGGUGCGGAGCAAUUCUACCCCGGCAAAGGCUCGUUCCAAGGCAAGGACUACUAUGCGGAAUUCGCCAAGAAGGACUAUGCUGUUGUGUUGAACAACACGGCCCUCCAGGCCGCUUCCAACUCGUCCAAGGCCCUGGGCAUCUUCUCCGUGAGCAACAUGGCCACCUGGCUCGACCGCAACGUGUACAAGAAGAACCUGAACAAGCCCAAGACCGCGCCCGACGGCUCCAACUCCAGCGCCACCGACCAGCCGGGUCUCAAGGAAAUGACGCUCAAGGCCCUGGAGAUCCUGCACACGCGCCAUCCGAAGGACGGCUUCUUCCUCAUGUCCGAGGCGGCGAGCAUCGACAAGCAAAUGCACACUCUGGACUACGACCGAGCCCUGGGCGAGCUGCUCGAGCUCGACGACACCAUCAAAGCCACGCUCCAGUACCUCGAGGCGAUCGGCGAGCUGAACGACACCCUGGUCCUCAUCACCGCCGACCACGGCCACGGCUUCGACGUCAUGGGCAGCGUCGACACCCGCUUCCUCAAUGCCCAGGACACUGCUCGUGAGAAGCGCGGCGCCAUCGGCACGUACCAGGAGUCCGGCCUGUCUCAGUACGUGGUGGCCAACCGCUCCGCGCCGCUCGGGAGCGACCAGAACCUCGUCUACAGCCAGGGCGUCCACUUCCCGGCCAACUGGGAUCCGCGCUAUACCCUGUUUUCGGGCCUCACCGCCAACCCAGACCACCGCGAGAACUACCAGGUUCACAAAAACGGCCCUCGUCUGCCGGCGUUGAAUGUCACGGGCUUCUCCAGCACCGACUACUAUGUCAACUACGUCGACGCUGUCACUGGCUUCGUCAUCAAUGGAACCUUGCCCGUGUCUGCCGAUCAAGGCGUGCACUCGCUCACAGACGUGCCAGUUUUCUCGCAAGGUCCGUGCCAGGAGUCCUUCGGCGGCGUCUUCGGCAACGUCGACAUCUUCUUCGGCAUGGCUGCUUGCCUUGGCCUCAGCCGCACCAGCCCGCCAUCUUAG